CGAAUUUCAACCAGUUCAAACUGUUUAGGCGCGCGCGGCAGCAUUAAGCUGGUCUGGGAGACUUUUAAAAUUUAUAUUGUUUCUUGUUUCUUGUUCUUGUUUAUUUAUUUAAGUGUCUGUUACAAUAAUGGCUACUCCUCCCAAGAGAUUUUGUUCAAGCUUUGACGCUGACCUCAGUUUCGAAAAAAGGGCAUUGAAAAUCUCAAUAGAGGGAAACAUUGCGGCAGGGAAGUCAACUUUUGUGCGUUUGUUGGAGCGGGCGUCAGAAGAGUGGGAGGUCAUACCAGAGCCCAUUGGGAAGUGGUGCAAUGUACAAACCACAGAGAAUGAGUAUGAGGAGCUCAGCACGUCCCAGAAGAGUGGAGGCAACCUGCUGCAGAUGUUAUAUGACAAGCCCAGUCGCUGGUCUUACACUUUCCAGACCUACGCCUGUUUGAGUCGCGUCCGUGCACAGCUUCAGCCUCCUUCUGCCAAACUUCAGCAGGCAGAGCAACCGGUCCAGUUCUUUGAGCGCUCUGUCUACAGCGAUCGAUAUGUGUUCGCCUCUAACCUCUUUGAGUCUGGAGAUCUGAAUGAGACCGAGUGGGCCAUUUAUCAAGACUGGCAUUCGUGGCUCCUCACUCAGUUUGAGUCCCAGAUUGAGCUUGAUGCCAUGAUCUAUCUUCGUGCUGAUCCCGAGAGGUGUAUGCAGCGUCUUCAGUUCAGAGGACGAGAGGAGGAACAAGGGAUUCCCCUGGAUUACCUGGAGAAGCUGCAUUAUAAGCAUGAGUGUUGGCUGUCCAAUAAAACCACAAAGUUGGAUUUUGAGUAUCUUAAAGACCUUCCAAUACUGCUGCUGGAUGUUAAUGAGGAUUUUAAAAAUGACAGAAUUAAGCAAGAAGAUAUUGUUGAUAAGGUGAAGAAGUUUUUAAGCACCCUCUAGCCUACAAGCAUACAUUGAUGUGUGUCAAUCAUGGAAAUUAAUCGAUGUCAUCAAAUUAAUGAAUUUGUGAUUUAAUUAUUUUUUGUAGCUGAUUUCAUAUUUGGCGUGUACAUAUUUAUUUUGUUGUAUAUUAAAACACUUUUUACAAAACAGUUUUAAACUUCUCUGUAAUGGACAAACAAGAUAUGUAGUUUGAAAUAAUAAUUUGCAGCGAUUAUUUAUGUGCAGUUCGUGAUGCGAUCUGAAGACUAUUCUGUAAGUGAAAAGUUGAGAGUUAAUCUUACAGAAUUCCCACAGCCAUGAAAAAAAAUGGAAAUUUAAGUGUUUACAAAAAAAGAUACAUUGAAUAAAAUUUAUAAAUAAUACAUUUAAAAAUCCAAAAAAAAAAUCCUGUUAUCCUCUAUAUUUUGUAUACUGGAAAUUGCUUUGUGAGGGCAGUCUAUAAAAUAAUAUUUUUAACAAAUAAUCUUUUCCUGUAAUUACAAGCAACUGGAAAUGUCAUGUAAAUGAAUUGGUCAAGUGUGUGGGAAGAAUAUGUGCUGAAAGAUGUACAGCUCGAAUAGGGGGAGAAAAAUAAAACCGUUUCAUAACCAUUAA